AUGUCGCAGCCCCCAGCAACCACGGCGACCGGUAUCUCCACCCCUCAGGUUGUCCAACCUAGCAUCCCCCACGUAGCAGUCAAGAUCCCGCCAUUCUGGAGCGCGAACCCGGCGGUUUGGUUUUCCCAGGUGGAAUGCCAGUUCCACCUCGCAGGUAUUACCAGCCAAUCCACCAGGUACUUUCACGUCGCCGCAGCGCUACCUCCCGAUGUGGCCAACGAAGUCACUGACAUUCUCUGUGCUCCGUUGUCCACCGACCCUUACGACACUCUGAAGACCGCGCUUAUUGAGAGAACAACCGCUUCGGAACGUAAACGUCUGCAGCAACUGCUGUCCGCUGAAGACCUUGGCGACAGGAGACCAUCCCAACUCCUUCCACACAUGCAGAAUCUCCUUGGAACCAGGGCUUCAACCAUUGACGAACCCCUCCUCAAAGAAAUGUUCCUGCAGCGACUCCCGCCCACCGUGCAGAUGCUGCUUGCAACAGCUACAAAUCUGCCGAUAGCCGACUUGGCGGACGACGCCGAUAAGAUCAUGGAAUAG